AACACGGAAGCUCCGCCCACAAGCCGUUGUGCGCACGCUCUUCUGCCCAAGGAGGGAGAGUAGCCGUCAUGGAGAACGCUCCGCUGUCUGGGCCGGAAAAGAAAGACCCUGAAAGUCCAGGAGUGCAGCAGGCGGCUGCAGGAUCCCUGGUGGAGCUCACCCCAACCCCCGGCGGCCUGGCUUUGGUGAGCCCCUAUCACACCCACCGGGUCGGGGACCCCUUAGACCUCGUGGCGCUCGCAGAGCAGGUGCAGAAGGCUGAUGAAUUUAUUCGAGCAAAUGCCACGAACAAAUUGACAGUCAUAGCUGAGCAGAUCCAGUAUUUGCAAGAACAAGCCAGGAAGGUACUGGAAGAUGCUCACAGAGAUGCCGACUUGCACCGUGUAGCUUGUAAUAUGGUGAAAAAACCUGGCAACAUUUACUAUCUUUAUAAACGGGAGAGCGGUCAGCAAUACUUUUCCAUUAUUUCUCCAAAGGAAUGGGGGACUAGUUGUCCUCAUGACUUUCUUGGUGCCUACAAGCUUCAGCAUGACUUGUCCUGGACUCCAUAUGAGGACAUUGAGAAGCAAGACGCUAAAAUCAGCCUAAUGGACAAGCUGCUGAACCAGCCAGUGGCCCUGCCCUCCUGCACUGAACCCACCUUCCAGAGACUGACUAAUUGAGCGUGGACUCUGGCCAGCAGCUCUCACAACAAGGGCCUGUUGCCUCCUUGUGGCCCCUGUUCUCUGCAUUGAUGGGGCAGGGUCAUGGGAUCUGAGGACUUGUAGGUGAAUCAGGAACUUCUUGGAAGGAGACCCUAUGUGAAUGUAAUUGCUUUUGUUUUUAUUGCUUUUAAUUGGGUUGGUAAGGAAUCACAGUACUCUCUUUUGGGAUCUCCUUGGAGCAACAGAUGCCCAGUUGGAGGUCACUCUCAGUUCCUUGAUACUUUGGCCUCUGCAAGAUGGCAGCUUUCUUCAUCAAAGCAGAAAGGAUAAGAGUCUACUAGCAGGACAGGAAUUAAUCUCACAUAGUCCAUUCAUAGAAGUGAUGUCACCUUUUUUGUAUUCUCUUGGUUAGAAACAAGUCUGCAGGCCAGCCCACACUCAAGGGAGGGAAUUACACACAGGAAUGAAUACCAGAAGGCAGGGAUCACUGCAUCGUUGAAUAGACUUAAAAUUUGUUUGCCGUGGUGCUCAGUUGAGAGGAAAAAAGAAAAGUCAAUUCUGGCUAAAAGAGGCGAUAUUACAAAGUAGUUGAGUGCAUUGAUGUUGAAGUCACAGAUCUGGACUUGACUCUUCACUCUGACAAAAUAACUUAUAUCUGGCAUUCCUGCUUCCCCUCUGUCCCCUCUCCAGUCCAUUCUGCAUAUAGUUAGGUCGAUCCUUUGAAAAUGCAAAUCACCCUCACCAUUGACAUUUCCAACCAUUGGAACUGGAGAGGAGUUAUUCAGAAGAGAGAAAUAUAGUUACCAUGCUGAUGCACUCCCUGCACUGACCUUUAGGUAGUGCCAUUCCUUUCCUGUUUAAGCCAAUGAUCAGGCUUAGGGAAGGCUAGUGGCAAUGUCAAAAUCGCGGACUAGGACUCAGUGAUGAUGUACAGUAGCUACUUUUCAUUCAACCAUCCAGCUGUCUACCCAGUAAUUCUGUAAGUAUUAACACCUUCUGGGGUCCAGGUUCUAGAGAAUAAUACAGCUGAAAUAGGGCCCUAUUUCACAGGAGUGCGCAGUCUAGUGGGUGAGGAAGCAAGCCAGUGACUACAGCGUGCUGUAAGAAGUGCUGUGCUAAAGGUAUGCACUGGAUAUUCUAGAACAUAAGCUUGGAGAAUUUGGGAAGACUCUUUGGAGGAGCUGAUUCCUGGGUGUUGAAAAAUAACUGGGGCUCCAAUUAUCUUCUCUAUGGGAAGUGUGUCUUUUAGGGGUUAGGGUAGGGUUCAUUUUUGGAUGAAGUUUAUUUGUAAAUGAAGGAAAGGACAUCCUUUUACAGACCACAUCAACCAGAAUAAUGAGCACCAGUAUGGGUGCAGGGGGGAUAUAUCCUGCCUAGAAGAUUCUUAUUUCUGACAGCUGGGGGAUAGAUGAAAAGUGGGAACAAAAGCAAUUCCAAACAACAAGUAGCACGUGAAGGUGUUGAUAAGAAGCAGCAUGGCAUUUGGGAAUUGGAUCCAGUCUAAAGUGAAGAAUAUGAGGCUUGUUGUACCAAUGCAGACUUGUGGAGGUAGUGGUGGUGAGUGGGCCCUGGCCACUCAAGCUGAGAGGUUGACUUUAGAACUUUCACUGCUGUAGCACUGCUCGUGGCCUCUGCUUCCAGAAUUCCUGUCAAGAAUGGGGUGAGAGCCCAGAGCAUUGGUGCACGCCUAUACCCCAGUCACUUGUGAGGUUGAGGUAGGAGGAACUUAAAUUGAUGGCCAGUCUCAUCAGUUUAGUGAGGCCCUAAGCAACUUAGUGAAACCCUGUCUCAAAAAGGCAAUCCUGGCACCUCCCCCCCCCCAAAAAAAAAAAAAAAAAGGAAAAUGAAGAAUAUGAGCCAGGGGCUAUGGGAGAAGAACUAAGUAAUGAUAUAAAUAUUAGGGAGUUGGUAGUGUUGGCUUUCUAGAAGCCUCAUUUUGGCUGUGGAAGCUGGAUGGAGGAAAACCAUUAGGAGUUUCUGUCCCUAGUCCAGGCAGGAGAUGAUGGGGUUCUGAACUAAGAUUGUGGUAGAAUGAGAGGUACCAUAUUUCCUCAGUGGUAAGAUAACACUUUUUCCCCGACAUUUUAGUAUCUGAAACCUGGAUGCUUCUAAAAGUCAAUGGCAUGUCACAGUUAAUGUGACAUUUUUUCCUUUCUUCAAGCUGCGUGAAAUAAUGGUGUGUCUUAUAAGGGAUGGUGUCUUAGAUGAAGCAAGACAUUUUGAAAGUAAAAUAAAUUGCCAUCUUAUUGACAAUAAAAUGGGGGUGGUGAGUGAGAGGGAGAAACUUAGAUAAUGCUUGAAUUUCUGGCUUAAGUAUCUCUGUGGAUCCACAACAAAAUAUGGAAGAGGAAGACAUUCCUGAUAUUUUCCAGGAUAAUUAGUGAUCUAUAUUUGCUGCAAUAAUCCACCUUGCUGACCCUGCUCAGGCUCACUGGGUUUAAUAACUGAUGGUCUAGAAGGAGGGCUUUUCCUUCUAAAGUUGUCGCUCCAGUCAGUUCAUGAACACUGAGAGUAUUAGUGUUGUAGAUCACAAAGGUGGUGAAAUCCUGUGUAGUGAGCAGGUAUACCAUUAUCUCACUGAAUUUUUAUAUAAAUCCACCACCUAUUAAGUAUAUAUUUCUAUUUUAUAGAGUGAGCAUCUGCUCAGAUUCACAAAAUGGCCCGUGGUUAUAGAGAUUACAAAGUGGUAAGUUUGAUUCAAAUAUUCCUAUUUGAUUCCAGUCUGACCAUAACCUUAAUCAUGUUUUGGUUGAUUAAGAUAGUCCUAAAGGAUUUCAGUGUAGAGCUAAAAAGCUACAUUAUAAAAGUGAUAUAGUAAGAUGUAUAUAUGAGAUACUAUGGGAAUAGUCCGUUUAGUGUUUAGUGAUUGCAUGGACAGGAGGCAUACAGAAAACAGAGAAGUAACUUCUCUAAGGUCACACAACUCAGAAGCAAUUGAGCCCAUGUCUAUGGCAUCAAAACCUGUAUGCAAAAAAUAGGGCUUAGCUGGACACAGUGACCAACACUUGUAAUCCCAGCAACUUGGGAGGUUAAGGCAGGAGGAUUUGCAAGUUCAAAACCAGUCUCAGUAACUUAGAUCCCGUAUUAAAAUAAAAAGUAAAAAGGGCUGGGGAUGUGACUUGGUGUUUAAGCACCCUGGGGUUCAAUCCUUAGUGCUCCCCGCCCCCACAAAAAAAAAAAAAAAAAAAGACAGGUUUUCUUUCUUAAGGAGCUGGAGACUGGGAGGAAGGCAUUUCUAAGUGCCUAGACGAAUUAGACUUCUGUAAUUUAGGCAGAUUUGAUUCAGUGGAUCAUUCCUUACUUGAAAGCCUUUUUUCUUUGUUUUGAUUUGAAAUAUUAUAUUCUGCUUUUCUACUACUUCA